AUGGGCAAGAAGAAGCGGAGCGGGGGUGGCCGCAGGGGAAAGGGGAGGGUCAUCGGUAAGGACAGGUCCUCUCACGCCGAGGACGGCCAGGAUCUCCUCUCCGAGGAGCUCACUGCUUUGUAAAUUCUCCACUGUGUGAAUGUCACUUAGAUAAUCUCACCUUGGCAAGGCCGGGUACUUUACUCACUGUGCUCUGCUUUCUACGCUGUUUUCAGAUCUGCGAUAUUUCAGGAGGACUUCAGGAUUGUCUCUGAGUCGCCCCAUGUACAUUUCAUCAUAAAUCUGAGGUACUCUGCGCUUGUUUCGCCUUCUGUCAUUCAUCUAUCUCUUCAUAGGUUCUGACAUCUUUCGUUUUAUUCUGAAUUUUUUGAUAGGCCUCACUUGAAUGACAUGGGCGAUGAUGAUUCGGGUGUCUCUGCAAUGCUUUCAGUGAGGUUGUUAUCAUUGGUUUUGUUCCUCUUUUCCUUCUUGGUUCGACAUCACAUUUGCUCCCUCACCGCGGGAUGUUUUUGCGUUUCUUGUCACUUCCAGGUGCUUACCGGGAUAUCCUUACAAGUGUCCAAAACUACAGAUUUUACCAGAGAAAGGUCUGACAAAGGAUGAAGUUGGUCGUCUUUUGUCUCUCCUUAUUGAUCAGGUUAAACUCUACUUUGAACGUAAAAUCUGUGUAUGAUUCAAAUUCUCUCGUGAUACGUUCCCAAAAAAAAUCUGAUUCUGGCCGUACCUUGCUAGAACUAAUGAAGACAUCUUGGCUUAAUCACCGAAUGAAAGAAAUUGAGCACAAUUUUUAUGAAGACAUAUCCCUUAUGUUUCUGGAAAAGAGGACGUGAGGGAAUGUGUGGAAGUGGUUUUUAUACUGAAGUACAUAGCUGCUUAUGCUGAAGGCUGAGGUCAUAAUGUCAUCAUGUGUAACCAGCUCUUUCUGUUUGUUAAAUAAUGUUAUGCAAAUUUGAACUGGUUAAAAUUCAAGGAUUCACUUUUAUCUCACAAGAAGAUUGAUGAUUUGAGAAUAAAAUAAAUGAAAAAACUCGUGGAUCUGAUGCUGAAUUCAUUUUGAACGCUUUACUUUGAACUAAAUCAAUUGAUAUUCACUUUCUUGACGGAGGUCAUCAUUGUUCAUCUAUUUAACCAGAAUUAAGAUCCUCGUUAUUCUUCCCCUAAUUGGGUGCCAUCUCCUUUGUGGGAGUUUCCCUUUCAUUUGAUUCAAUUUCUGUACAAUUUUUUUUUACAUUCUCCAGGGAUACCUCUCUUGGAAAGUGAUAUGAUAUAGUCACUGUUAUAGUCGCUCUUGGUCCUUGUUGAUGAGUUGCCUACAAUUUAGAUGUCUAGAAAAUUAAUUUUGCAUUGCAAUCUAAAAAAAGAGUUGGAAAUAAAUAGCAUCGGAAUGGACUAUAUCUGAUACGAAAGAUUCAGAAGACCACCGCCCUAUCCAUUCGAAAGCAGACACUACUUUUCAAUCCUGUUUGUCCCGUCUCUUUUUGUGUCAAUAAAAACCUAGGAUAAUGCCUUACAGGUCCCAUUUGUGAUGUAUACUUGCAGAAAAAGUUUUGGAUUAAUCUAAAAACCCUGUAUUGCUGAACCUAAUUCCUCAAAUUCUUUGAAACCGUGCCUUUUAGUUGCAGAUGAAAGUAGUGCAUGCUGUGGAUCAUAUAACCUUGAUUAUGGAACUUAUUUAUAGUCUUCGAUCAUUGAAGAACCUUGAAAAUGGAGGGUGAGCUAAAGAUUUGGCACAGGAUAAAAAUGCAGGCAUGACCAAGAAAUGAUUGAGGAAUUAAUACCGAAUUCCUUCCUUUACGUGCCAAAUUUUGAACCGUUUUGAAUAUCUUAAACGAGGGAAAAGCAGGAGGUGCUACUUAGGUAUAUUGAACAUUAACUGCAAAUCAGCAGCAGGAGUAGCUAGUUGCAUUUGCCUCUUUUGGGAUCAGUGAUGCCUAUUCCUCAUCCUACUUGUUACUCUUUUUCCUCCUGUUGCAAUGGUAGACUGUCACUGGCGUUGGUUAUAAAGAGAGAAGAUAGCUAUUGGACCCUGGAUAAAUAAAUUAUACUCAUGGUCCUUAAAAUCACGAAGUUACACCAAGCUGUAGAAAUCUCGAAAAUUAGAAAAUACUUAUUUUGAGCAGUGUUUUCCCAAUUGUUUUAUUUUAAAUUCUUAUCUGGAACUAAUUCUGGAGUAGGUUGGCUUGUUCUUAUCCACAUGGAGUGAAUAAGUCUGCAAGUCCUCUUCUGAUCUCUCUGGCCGUCAUGUGUGCGAAUUAGGAAGUGACAACACUUUUAUAUCAGGAAAUACUUAUAGUGACAUGAGAAUAAAUGUAUUUUCAUGGUGUCGAAAUGAUGUGAUUGUAGUUUAAAAUGAGUGGUUGGUUGUAGCCAAUUCAGGCCUACUUGAUUUCCCAAAAAUAUGUUCAACCCCAAGGAAUCAUCGCAAUGAAUUCGUUUGAAUCUUGCCGGACCCGAUUGAUAUAAAGACAGUGGUGAAUUAGCUACGAAAAACCUGAAGUUAUGAACCAAUAUCCUAGAGAACAUGGUGUUUCGAAUGAUGAUGUUGUGCUGUAAAAUUGGUCAAUUCCCUUUCAGUUAUCUGAUGCUGUCAAUUCAAGUAAAGAUGCUAGCAUGGAAUAACUGGUAGGAUUAGCAUAACAACUUGAAUGUCACAUUCAGACAUAUAUUCCUAUAGCGAUUGAUUUCGGGCUCAGUAUCAUCCUUUCAAAUAGACGAUGAGAGGAAAUGGCAUGAUGUACUCAUUCGCAGUGUAUGGAAUAUCUGGAAGAUUUGUCGAACAGAUUGAAAAGAAUUUGUGCCUAACGGAUUGAAAAACUUUCUUGAAAGUCCAGCUGGCAGAGAGAUGGCGGCUAAAAGUUUUUUCUAUACGUUGUAAGUUUAUAGAGGGGUGGGGUUUUAUUGAACCAUUUGUCUUCCGAAGAAUUUCUUCAAAUAUGGAUGUUUUGUAUGUGACUACUUGUGUCUGUUUGGAGUAUAUUACGGACAAAGUUAUGAUUUCUCUCUGCUUCUGUGAUCAGGACUGUUGAAUUGUUCAUAUUAUGAUGGUUUUUCGAGUUUUAUGGGAAGAGUGCUCCAGAAAUUACAGAUUGGAUGGGCAUAUAAUAGGUUUCUGAUUGAGCAUACUUGGAUGUAUAGGGAGUAGGCCUUGGUUUUUGCUACUGAAGAGGUGUGAGCUCUUUAACUCAGGGGCACUUGAUAUACCUCAUGCUUUUGUUCACCUGAGGUUUCGAGAUUUUAUUUUUAUUUGGCAUUUUUUGUUCAUGAAUAAAUUGUGAUACCAUCCAAAUUUUUCUCAAAGAAGAGAUCUUUGAGGCUUUUUGAACAUUACUCUGAGGAGUAAAAUGUGAUUUUUAAAAUGUUCUUGAUAAAAGAAUUGAGUUCUGCACUAUUUAUUCUUCUGAAAGUACACAGGUUCACCCAUUUUAUUGUUUUUUCAAAUGUUCUUCCCAGGCCAACUUCAAUGCACGUGAAGGACGUGUGAUGAUUUUUAACCUUGUGGAGGCUGCUCAAGAGUUUCUAUCUGAUAUUGUUCCUGCUGAAGAAUCCCAUGUAUGGAAAGGUUUUUGAUUUAUAUGGUUAUAUGAAGCGAUUAACUGAGUUGUACUCAUGUAUGGUUAUUUGUACAAGAUAUUUCAUUUAUGUUUGAGGAAAUCUUCUUUUACGAACAUUUAUCCUAAGAUAAUGAUUUAUUUAUUUCCUUCGUCGAUGAUUAGUUUAUUGAUACUCUCAUUUGGUUAUCUUGCUCAAGUUCAUGAGAUAUUUUUUUUGGCAUUAUCCCUUUGUUUUUCUAUUUAACUCAUUUUUUUGCGCGUUUAUUGUGCUCAGUUUUUUCUCUUCCUGCAUGUUGUUACAUGUUGCAGUUGGCAUAAUUUUUUUAGUACUCUGUUUUGAGAGGAUUGAAUGGUUCAACAUCUAGUUCUUGUCUCAUUUCCAAUCGGCUUCUAUUUUUUUGUGAGAUAAGCUCUACUGUUUUUUCAUAUAACCCCCUGAGGAAUGACUUUCCUCUAGUUGAUGAAUCCCUGGCUUUUAAGGAACUACUUUCUGAAUCCUUUUUAUUAGUCUUUUUAAUAACAGCUUUAAUUGUCUUUUUGCAGAUUCCUCAUUUUGAUUCUGGUGGAAGGGAACAUUGGCCUGCAGAAGAUGGAGCAUUCCUACAUAGCAGAUGUGUUGCUUCUGAUGGAGCGUUUGUUCAUGGUUUGUAUGACCUUUACAGUGAUAUGAGUGGUGGUUCAUGGGAUCAGCUUCUUGAAAAACAUGUGCUGAACGAUGGCCAGAGCAAAUUUCCCAGAGAAAAAACUGCACCUAGUGAUAAGAUUGGACGAAGAAGUAUGGUGCAAGGUGCUGCACUUGCAGAAUCAUUUCAGAAUAAAGACAUGGAAACACAUCUAAAUUUUUUCCAAAAAGAGGUUGACUAUGGCAGUGAAAGUCUAUCGGCCAACUCAUCUUCUGAGUUGGAAUCGGUGGGAGAGGCCUCAAAAGUUGUUGCAAAUAAAGAUACAGCAGAAAAGGUAUUUUUGGGAUUCAUCAGUGUUCUUUUGUUAGGGGAUUUGAUACGUUUAUAGUUGUGAUGAAAUAUAGUAGGAAUUUGGUCAGAUUCUUAUCUGUAUACUUUCUGAAAAGUCACUCUGAUUAGAACUGACUAAUAGAUUGAACUUGAAGAUAAACUAAAGCCUAUUUUCAUUCCACAAAGCACCCAUUGAAUAUUUACCACCAAUUUUAUCUUGGUGUGAAUGCGGUAUAAGGCCCUGAACAUGCAUUUCUGUGCUAUUUUAUUUGAAAUUGCAUUUCUGUGCACUUAAUGAUUCAAUUUGUAUAGUACUCCCUAGAUAUUACAUGUUAGAUUUGUAUGUUUUGUUUUUCAAGAUAAUGCAGUCUCUUUCAAAUUGAGCCCUUAAUAUCUAUCUGCUACAGGGACUUGACUUAGGAGAGCAAAUGAACAAACUGUGUCUCAGUGAUGUUGGAAAUAUGUCUGAGCCCCUGCAACCCUCUGCAGUUGACUCAGUUUAUGGUGAUAAGUCCGAGAAUGAGAAAAGGGAUCUUAUUCUGGUAUUUACAUCAGUAGCUUAUUUAUUCAUUAAUUGUCCAAAAAUUGAAGCGUUACCUGUGCUUUUGGUGCCUAUUUUUCCACCAGGUUCACCUGCUGCGCAUUUUGUCUGCAUCUAAAAUAUCAUUGCCAUUUUCUUCAGUUGAGAUAGCAUCUGAAUUGUGCAAUUUGGGGGCAAGUAUUUGGUUAUUUGUGACUCUUGCUCUUGUGAACUUCAUUCAUUGAAUUUAUCAAUCUAUUAUCCACUAUUCAAUGACUUAUGUUGAAUUGGAUCAGAUGCUAUCAGAUUGGGGGAAGGAUCUGGUUACUGAACCAUCAAUGUUUGAUAAAGCCUUUGAGAAUGCUUUUCGGCACUAUGUGGUUUGCAUCUGCUGUGUUGUUUCUUUCCCUGGCGUUUGUCUCUUCAUUUUUAUCCACUACUCAUUCUCUAGAGCUUGAUGAAGUUGAAUUUUAUUUUCUUCUUGAUGUAUCCUGGUUGAUAUUGCCGUGGCAGAUUUCUUCACCAAUAUCUCAAUUCUGGAAGGCUACUUCUAAUGUCAAUACGGUAGCUGCUUCUGGUUUGAAAUCUCGUUAUCUGAAUGAUUUUGAGGAAGUUUGUCCACUAGGUAAGAAAAUAUGUUAUUGGUGAUUCCUUUUGAUUUUUAUGUAGAUCCUGAAGAUUCUCUGGUAUUUUUUUAUUACCUAUCUUCUGCCUUUGACAUUAUGCUGGUUUUUAGAUGUUUAUUACAGCAUUAUUAUUAGAUGAUAACUAUUAUUAGAUCAAUGUUUGUGCAUUUCCCACACGUUCACCUCUACAGGAAGGAUAAUAGGGACUUGUGACCCUCUUAGUGAAGGCCAGCAUGAUCCUCAGGGAUUCAGUAUAAAUUUAUAUGAUAUUAUUUAUGCUUUUGAAAAAAGAUUUAUUGUUGAACUAUCCUUGAGUAUCCGCUACAAUCAGGGAAGUAUGAUUAAAUAGGCUUUUAAUAUGAUUGAUAUAAACAUCUUUAUUUCCUUAAUCUCUACUUGAUCUAAGCAUUUACUUUAGGAGAAUGGAUGGAUGAAGCAGGAAUGAAAAACAUCAAAAUUCUUUAGCUGAUUGAUACAGCUUCUAGAUUAAGGAUGGAGAAUAGUAAACAGAACAAACGGCAGAUGAACAAAGAUGGAGAGGUAUGGGAUCUGGUAAAGUUGUGCAUGCUGCUUUGAAGUUGACUGGUAACUGCUGAUUGAUACACAUUUUCAGUUUGUAGUUGGUGCAAUGUAAUUAGAGGACAGUGAUGCUUGAAAAUUCAUUCAUUUAAGCUGCUGUGCUGGAUUCGACAUCAACUUCAAUAACUAGAACCAUUUAGCAUCAGUAUCUAUGAUGAUGAUUGAUGCUUUUGAUGCAAGUGGCUGCAAAAUAGAUAACUUCAUUGUUGUUGUCGAGAUGUACUUAACAACUUGUAUACCUUACAUAUUUACAUAUAUGUCCUCUUGUAUCUUUCAUUUUUUUGUGUUACAUCAGUAUGUCUAGAACCUUCUAGGGAUCUGGUAUAAAUACUAGAUCCCCUCUCCUUGUAAUGUUUUUCCUUGAUCAAUAAAGCUUUUUUUGUUCUUCCAAGAGUGCUGGGCGUUUAUCAGAGCUCCAGACCGUGUGUCAAUCAGCAAACUUUCUUUUUCAUCACGGAGAAAGAGAGUAAAGUCUUAGACAGGAUUAUUGUGGAAAGAUGGGAAACUAAGGUUCUUUUAGCAGGAGUUAGAUGGACCCAUUCUUAGAAUUUUGUACUUCCAGUGAUGAUGAUGAGAUGGCUCUUUUGUCCUCAUCUUCCAGGAUAUUACUUUAUGCUUCAAUUUCUUCUUUAUUCUAUAUGAUUAUGUUGUCAAGAUGUACUUAAUAACCUGUAUACUUUACAUGUUUACAGAUAUGUCCUCCUGUAUCUUUUAUUUUCGUGUCUACGUAAGUGUGUCUAGAACCUUUUAGGGAUCUGGUGUAAAUGCUGGAUCCCACUCUCCUUGUAAAGAGUUUUCUUCAUCAAUAAAGUUUAGUUCUUCUUCCACGAGUGCUGGGCGUCUAUCAGAGCUCCGGACUGUGUGUUAUCUUGACUACAUAGUACCAAAGCCAUUCUAGGGUUUUAAACCCUGUUUUUCAGCACUGUCACAGGUUGACAUUGCUUUGUUGACAUUCUCUACAUCAUUUGCUGGAGUUUCUGGUGCCGUACACUUUUGGCAAGGGAUCUUCUCCUUUGCUGUGUCUCUUCUAGAGUGAAUCCAAGUGUGAUCGCUCCAUUUUUUGCUUCGGCACUGAUCUACUAGUAUGUUACGGUUCUUGGACUGUUUUUCUUGUCUCUAUUGAGAUUUGUUCAUGAAAUUUGAUUUCAUAAAUUUGGAUAUUUUCUUUAAAUGGAGAAUGUGGGAGACAAUUCUUGAUUAUAGUGGGGGAUCCAACCUCCGUGAGGGAAGUUAAUCUUGGUCCAAGUGGCCCAAGAUUACUUGUAGAACGUCCUACAAUGCAUGCAGAGUUCAAAUUGACUGGAUACAAUUUAAUUCAAUUGUCAUAAUUCAAUUGGUUACAUCAUCUGAUUAAUGAGAAAUUGAAUCCAUUGUCUUAAGAAUUUCGUAGAUGGAGGGAAGAAGAUGCAUUAAGCAAAAGUUGGCUUUGGGGAACAAUGAUUCCUCAAAUUAGCUGAUAUUUUUUCGUCCUAUCUAGAGUCAAAGAUUUGUGGGAAACAAUUCACACGAAGUUCUCACAAAGAAACAAUGAGGCACAUUUACAUGAACCGAAGACAAAAUCCAUAUCCACAAAUCAAGGAAAUAAAUAUGUGAUGAAAUAUGCAGGAGAAUUGAAAACUUUAUGAUAGGAAAUUGAUUAUUAUCUCAGUAUUGAUACAAAAAAACCUGCAAAAAUUGCUGUCCUAAGACAUUUUAUAGAAUGAAGAAGAGUGUUUAAAUUUUUGGCUGAACUUAAUACAAUUUUUUAUCAGGCCAAACAACAGGUUUUGAGUUGUGAAAGGAAAUUUGAUUUGGAUGAAGGUAUUUCAAUCAUUUUGAAUGAAGAAAGUCAUCGGAUAUUAAUAUUGUUAGUGCCUGAAAUUGACAAUACUGCAUUUAUGAUAAAACUUGGAGAAAUUAUGAAGAAAACCACAGAUCAAGCCAAACAACCUUAGUUUGGCCAAGGAAGAAAUCAGAAGACUGAUUUCUGUGAUAAUUUUUAAUGUACAUAUUGUAGAAAAGCCCAUUACACUAUAGAUAAAUGCUAUAAACUGCAUGGUAAACCACAAAUUUUUGCACUGAAAAAUAUGGCAGUCAAGCACAUUUGGCAGCAAGAUUACUGACUAGUUAGCCCUCAGAUUCUUAAGCCAAUCAACAUUCUUCUUCUCCUCAGAUUGAGGAUAUAGAGUGACUUUGAAUUGAGUUAGAAAAACUGAAGUUGAUGGUGACACAGUUCUCAUCAAUUCAACCUAAUAUGUUUCACCACUCUCUUAGAGUUAGAAUCUCUUCUAGAGAUAUUUUUAAUAAUUGAGCAGUGAACUCAAGAGUAAUGAACCACAUGACAAACUCCUCUAACCUUUUUACCAAGCUUUUUGCCAACCUUGUCAACAAACCACAUGACAAAUUCAGAUUUCUAUCCUAGUGAUAAAAAAGUGAAUAUUACAAAUGGAUCUUUCCUAACCGUCAUAGAUAUAGGAGACAUUAGACUUGAACCUCUUGGAGUUCUUACUAAUGUCCUUUAUGUCCCCAAGUUAUUUUACAAAUCUCAUUUCAAUUAAGAAACUUGUUAGAGACUCAUCUUAUCAUGUCUUUUUUGAUGAAGAUGUAUGUGUCAUAUUUGAUAAGGUACAUCAUCAGAGGAUUUGGGUUGCUAGAGAGCGUGAAGGUCUUUAUCUUUUAGAAGGAUUAAAUCAAACAUAUCUAGUGGAAGUGGAUCAAUCUCUAGAACCUCUAGGAGAUGUCCUUAAGAUACAAUUACUUCACCAACGAUGGGGUCAUCCAUCCUUUAACACUUCGAAAAUAGCUUUUUCUACUUUAUUUCGAAGGGUGUCUUUGGACACUCUUAAAUGUAAUGUGUGUGAACUUUCUAAACACACACGUACUUCAUUUCAAUCUCAAGGGAAAAGGAGUGAUGUUCCUUUCUUCUUCCUAAUUCAUAGUGACAUUUGGGGACUAUGUCUCAUCAAUGACAUUUGUGGUAAUAAAUGGUUUGUCACCUUCAUUGAUAAUUGUACAAGUUGUAUGUGGGUCUUCUUUCUCAAACAAAAAAUCAAUGUGUGUGAUGUUCUGAAUUUUUUUUGUGCCAUGAUAAAAAACCAAUUUGACACUAGUAAUAAAAUCAGAUCUGAUAAUGCUAAAUAGUAUUUUAGCCAAAAUUUGAAUUUAUACUUCUAGAUAGAGGGCAUCAUACAUGAAUCCUCUUGCAUCUAUACUCCACAACAAAAUGGUUUAGCUGAAAGAAAAAAUCAGCAUCUUUUAGAAGUCACUCAAUCAAUUUUAUUUCAACAUCAUGUACCUAAAGUUUUUUGGGGUGUGACUGUUCUAACAGCCAUAUACCUCAUCAACCAAUUACCAUCUAGAACCUUAGGCUUCCACAGCCCGUUAGAUUCAUUAGCCACUUUUUUUCCAGGCCAUCAACUUAAACUAGGCUAGAACCUAAGACAUUUGGCUGUGUAUCUUUUGUUUAUGUUCAUAAUCAAACCAAAGAUAAACUAGAAUCGAGAUCACUUAAAUGUGUAUUUCUUGGUUAUGCUACCAAUCAAAAGGGGUACAAAUGUUACCACACUCCAAUUUUUUUUUAUUUCAUUGGAUGUUACAUUUCAUGAAUCUGAUUCUUAUUUUAAAGAAUUUCUAUCUAGUGAAUAACAUCUAUUUUCUAUAGCUCAUAUGGAUCAACAUGUAGAUUCUUCACUCUCGUCUUCGGCUGGUAACCUCUUCAUUCUCAUUUCAGUCAAUGAAAUACCUAAUCUUAUAUUGAAUCUGCUUCCUGAAAACCUAAGGUUUGGCAAGGUUUAGAAAAUAUACCACCACUAACAUCUUCCUCAUCUGAUGAUCCCACAGUCCUACCUCAUGAUUCACUUUCCAUUGCCCUGCACAAACCUAGAAAGGAUUGUAUAAAAACACCCCUAUAUCCAGCUGCCAAUUUCCUAUCUUAUCACAAACUUUCUUCAUCCUAUCAAUCAUUCCUUAUGUCCUUAGACAUCACUAGCAUUAUAAAAAAUGUCUCCAAGUCUCUAUCCAAUCCUGAGUGGGAGCAAGCCAUGGAUGAUGAAAUGAGAGCUCUUAUAAAAAAAACCAAACAUGGGAUUUAGUGAAGUUAUCAUGAGAUUAGAAGAUUGUUGGUUGCAAAUGGGUGUACACGGUGAAAUAUAAAUCGGAUGAUUUGAUUGAGAGGUAUACACAAAUAUAUGCAAUAGAUUAUCAAAAGAAUUUUGCAUUGGUGGCCAAAAUGAAUACAGUCUGUUUUUCACUGGCCUUGGCAGCGAUUUUCAGCUGAAAUAUUCAAUAGUUUGAUGUUAAAAAUGCAUUCUUGCAUGGUGAUCUGGUUGAAGAGGUUUACAUGACUCUCCCACCAGGAUAUGAGGGUAAUCAUUCAUUUAAGUUUAUUUAAAGAAAUCCCUUUAUGGCCUCAAACAGUCUUCACGUGCAUGGUUUGGAAGGUUUUACAGUAGCCAUGAAAAAAAAUGAAUUACAACCAAAGUAAUACUAAUCAUACGUUAUUUUUUAAACACUCUUUUUUGAAGGGAAGUCACAGUUCUGUUCGUUUAUAUUGAUGAUAUUAUCAUCAUAGGAAAUGAUGAAGGAGAGAUCCAUAGCUUUAGCAAUUGUUUGGCCCAAGAGUUUGAUGUCAAGACCUUGGGACGACUCAAGUAUUUUUUAAGAAUUGAAUUGACACAUUCUUCUAGAGGUAUUUUAUUUCUCAACAAAAGUACAUAACAGAUUUGUUAGCUGAAAUAGGGAAAUCUGUGUAAACCAACCAAUACACCUAUUGAUCAAAACUAGAAAUUGUGUAUGGUAGAUGAAGAAAUUUCUAUUGACAGUGGGAUGUAUUAGCGUCUCAUUAGCCAAUUAAUUUAUCUAACACACACUUGACUGGAUAUCUCAUAUGCAGUGAGUAUAUUGAGUCAAUUUAUGCAUCAACCUAAAGAGUUUCAUUUACAUGCUGCCUACUGAGUGCUACAUUAUUUGAAAGGCACACCAAACAAAGGGGUUCUUUUUAAACGAAGUGAAAAGGUGGAGGUUGAAAUGUUUAUAAAUGCUGACUAUGGAUGCUCAACGAUUGAUCGAAGGUCAACCUCUGGUCAUCUUACUUUUGUUGGUGGCAACCUUGUCACCUAGAGGAGUAAAAAAAAAAUAUAGUUGCUUGAUCAAGUGCUGAGGCUGAAUUCAGGGCAAUUGCCCAAAGAAUAUGUGAGUUACUUUGGGUCAAGAAUUUACUUGACGAGCUACAAAUUUCUUUGUCCAGUCCUAUGAAGGUUUAUUGCUACAAUAAGUUAACAAUUAAUCUAGUACACAAUGUAGUACAACAUGACUGUACCAAACAUGUGGAGAUUGAUCAUCAUUUCAUCAAAGAAAAACUUGAGGCCAAUGUGAUUUGUAUAUCAUACAUUUCAACAAAUGGUCAAUUGGCAGACAUGCUUACUAAAGGCAUCUCAGGUACACAUUGCAGAAGAUUAUUCCCAACUUGGGAAUGGAUGACAUCCACUGACCAGCUUGAGGGGGAGUGUUGUUGAAAUGUACUUAAUAACCUGUAUACUUUACAUGUUUACAGAUAUGUCCUCCUGUAUCUUUUAUUUUUCAUGUCUACAUAAGUGUGUCUAGAACCUUCUAGGGAUCUGGUAUAAAUACUGGAUCCUGAUCUCCUUGUAAAGAGUUUUCUUUAUCAAUAAAGUUUUUGUUCUUCCACGAGUGCUGGGUGUCUAUCAGAGCUCUAGACUGUGUUAUCUCAACUACAGCGUAAAGUAUACAUGUUAUUACGUAUAUCUCGACAACAGAUUCUUUCAUUCUUUUUUUAUUCCAAUCCUUUUUUGUUUUGAUCCACCUAAGUUUUACACUGUUGUUGUCUGGUGGAGGAUGGAUUUCUUUGAGCAUAUUUCAUCCCUUGGUUCCUUUUAGGAAUUGCUAUGCUUAGAUUGAUGACGUUUGAGCCUUUAUGCCAAAUAGCCAACUGGCCUGUAUCAUGUACUUUCCUGCUAUGUAGUUGUCAACAUGAUUGGGUGACUUCUACACUGUCCUUGAGCUGGUGACAUUUCUGGGGUCCUUGGUAGCUCCUUGUCGAAUAGAAAUGGGAGCUUUGUUGUCUGUUUUCAGAGAAGUCUUGUUUUUUUCAUCAUAUGUGAGUUUUCAGAGCCCUAUUGUCAUUCUGCACUUCCAACAAGCACCAGCAUUAUCCACUGAAUCAAAUUGUUCUUCAAUGUAAAUUAUAGGUAUGCUUGAUAUUCUUUUGGAUGAUUUAUAUGCUCGUCUGCAUAAAUGUGAAUGGCUGGUAUGACAUUGCGUGAAAGUUAUCAAGAAAUGCUUAAUGCUUGUAUAGGCUUUCCAUUGCUUGCCAAGGUAUACAUCCCUCAGGCUAAUGGGGUAUUCACCCAUACCUUAUAGUUAGGACACCCUUUUUGUCAGUUGGCUUUCUGCCUUGGAUGAUUCCUGCUUGAUUCUAAUAGCGAAAAAUCAUCCUCGUACAUUAACUAUGCCAGUUGCUUGGUGUAUUUUAUCUGUUUCCUAGACAUUUAUUUCAUUAAGUAUUUACUUUUAGAAUUUUAUGCUGCAAGUAUUCGUGUUUAUGAUGUAGUGUCUACAUAGGAAGCUCUUUCUUUAAUAAUUUGUGGUUAUUCGUGACUCAUUCAUAGGUCAUGGUGGUUUUGGCCAUGUUGUACUGUGUAAAAACAAAUUGGAUGGACGGCAUUAUGCAGUAAAAAAGAUUCGUCUCAAAGACAAAAGCCUUUCUGUUAAUGACAAAAUUUUAAGGUAAAAAUGUCUUAAAAGUUAGUUUUUGAUAUCAGUUUUUAGCAUGGAUUGCCAAUUCCAUGGUUUAAUUAGUACGAAACUUUGUGGAUAUGGCUCAGUUGGAGACGAUUUCACAGGAGACUCGUUUGUCUGUGUCGCUAUUUGAUUUUCUAUUUUUGUACGCCAUGUAUUGGCAGUGUUACUGCUUGAUUAAGUUUUCGAGUACAUGUUACAAAACAGUUGCUCUUCUGCGAUUUACGUUAUUACCAUCUGUUCUAGUUUGUUAUUUAAUGUAAUGUGAAAAGGAAAAAUAAAUAGUUGAUUGUACUUCUAAAAAUGUGAAAUAUAUUCUGCCUCUACAAGUAAAUUGACCAUUCUGUUGACAGUUGACAUUGGACAGUUGGGGGAGUCCCACAGUGACCAUUCUGUUGGGCUGAAAUUCUUUGCAGACACUGGGAUUCUCAAUUUUCUUCGGAUCAGUUUUUUUUACCAAGGCAGGACUUGAUGUGGUGAGAUGUAUUUUCAAUCUACAUAAGAGUUGCAGUAAAUUGGUAAGAUGAGGGGAGUGUGGGAGGGAUGGGACGCCUAGAACUAGUGUUCUGGACUAGCCAUCUCGUAUUCACAGAUGUGGUAAGGGGCAUGACUACGUGUCUCUGAGGCAACUGUUGGGACUGUGAAAGUUUCCAAUUUCUAAACCCUUCUCAUCCAGGUAUUGGCAUUUAAGGGUGGUCAGAUGUGUUAAGAUCUUGGUAAACCCUGGAGGGAAGAUGCAGAGGGAUAAAGCCCUGGUUAACUUGGCAGAUUAGCUGAAGAGGGAUAUGUGCUGUCCACCUGAAUGUUGUGAGGUCUGUGCACCUGAAUGGGUCUUCUCACAGACAUGCUGGGUUUGACUGCAGAAACUGGUCCUCACUGGGACGGGACUAAAUAUCUUCUAGCCAUCUCGAGAGUUUGUCAUUCCAACCCUUGUCAACUGGCUGCUUAUCUCCUUAGAUAUUAGAUUGAGCUACUUACGGGGUUUUGUGGGUAUCAUGGUCAACUAGGGCAUCAUGGCACCUGCAUGUAAUAACUUGGAAAUAUAUUCAGUCCCUUGGAACUGUGUUCCCCAGAUUUUGGGACCUGAUGUCUAGAAUCGAUACAGUGGCAUUCUUCCUACUUUGUCCAGUAAUCAACAUCCUGGACAUGUAUUAAGUAAAUGUUACUCAUUUCUGCCUUGCACCACUGUCCACGUGGACAGUGCUGGCCUGAGAUGGUGGUAGUUUCUAUCUCGCGUUCAAAACCUUUUGCGCUCGAGACAUGAGGCUUUUACUUCGACGAGGGAUGAGCAACAUCCCCUUGGGGAAAAGGUUAUCAAUCGUCCACUUGUUUGGUGUUGUCGUGAGGAUUUUAUAAAUAAACCCUAUACUUUCAUAUUGGCAGAUAUGCCCUGAAUACUUGUAAUCAUGUACUCUCAAGGGUCCAUCCUGUAUUCUCGUUUUUCAUUCAAUAAAGUUUUUUCUUCCUCUCCAAAGGUGUUGCGAAUUCUCCAGCACACCAAAUUGAGGACUACCAUUCUACAUUUGGGAAGUAUGGUCGGAAGGAGAAGCAGCCAAUUUAUCUCUGAUGCACAGUGGUAACAUGGCGACCUAAGAGUAGGCUACUUAGUGAAGAAACUCGAGACACAGAGGGGAUGGAGGUGGAGGAACGGAUAACAGACUGAGAUGAGGUGACCUUUCGAGGUGGAGAAGAUGGGUGAGAUUAAUGGUAAGUAAGGAAUCUUUCUUUAUGAGGUAGGCCUAUAUAUGCAGGUCUUUUCAAGGGAAAUCAGGAAAAGAUGGAAUUUGAGAGUAGUUAAAAGGAGAGGAUAAGGAGGAGAAGGGGAACAUGGAACAUGGAUGUCAGUGUGGGAGAAGGGAAUCAUCUUAGGGGAGGAGGAGGACAGUUGGAGAGCCAGCAGGAAGUUGCGAGACUGAUUUUGCAUGGCUGCAUGGGGCUUAGUGUUAGGUGUCAGGAGGAGGAAUUAUGAAGGAAACUGAAGGAUUUGGUUUAGUUAGAGGUGUAGGAGUCAGUAUGGGAAUUUCAAUGUUUUUUCUGUUACAAAGGAGAAUAUAUGGGUAUGCAAGCUAUGAUGAAUGAGGAGAAUCACCUGAUAUCAUAGUAGAGGUUGCCUUUAUCAAAUUUUUUUCUCCUAAUAAUCUUUGAGUUGGUCAAACGAGAAAAAAAUGUUGCAAGAGUGGACAGAAUUGUAGUAUUUGUAGUUUGGGAUGUCCAGUUUCCUAACCAAGAUUACAUGGAUAUCAGUGUUGUGCAGGAUGAAAUAAUUUGUGCAAUGUUUAUAAUGAACUCUAAUUUUUCUGAACAAUGGUUUCCUUGUGAACACACUGUUAUGGCUGCUUCCUUGUUUAUGGAGCCGAAAUUUGUUGACUAAUGAAUAGGAACUUGUUGAUAAAUGCUUUUAUUUAGUUACUGGCCCAUUGCUAGUUGCUCAUACUAUUUCAUUAACUGUAUGUAAAUGUAUUCAUACAGAUAAAAAUGUGUGCAUGGCUACAUAUUAUACUUAUUCGUGUAUGCAUUUUGCACCUAAUGAAAUGACUUGAAUUAAAUUCACCUGCCCAUUUCCCUUUCAUGUUACUUCUACCUUAAGAAAAGUUUGUAUUUAGUACUUUGGCAGUUCCUUUUUAUUCUUAAUUAUAUUAUUUGAUGCUUUAUUGUCUGCCUAUUGUUUCCUUUAAUGGUCUCUAUGUUUCCAUGACAAGGUGCGCAGGGAAGUAGCUACACUUUCUCGUUUGCAGCAUCAAUAUGUUGUUCGCUAUUAUCAGGUUAAUUUUGUAAUCUUUUUAGCUACGUUUUUGUCUGUUUUUGUAUUGUGGGCUUCCUGUUAAAAAUUUUCAUUAUUAAAAUCGUGUUUUCAGAGAAUAGACUGAUUGCAUUUCCCCGUAAUUUUUUUGGGAUAAUAUUAUAUGUGAGGGAAAAAUGUGGCCAGAACAUUAUAUGCUAAUAGGGGAUUGCAAUCGUCGAGUGCUUUGGCAUUGCUUUAUUUAGACAGCUUCAGGCGUGUUCAAUGAAAGAUGGCAAUUUUUCUGGACCUUCUUGCUUGUUAGUGUCGAGGAGUGUAUGUGUGCGGCAUACUAAAUUGAGUCCUAUUGUUUUGGCGAGUAAAUAUACAUUUUCCCUUGGCAUAGUUGCUCCACAUCAUGUUUAGACGAAAUCUCCAUGAUGAAUUUUCGAGUUCACUCUUUACAUGCACUAUAGUAAUGAGUAAGCCUCUUCCAUAUGCAUUCUGAAAACAUUUGCCAGCUCAUGUUUACAUCUUCAGAAGACUCCUAACUUCAAAGCAUCCUUUUACUUCAUUCCUCGUGUCAAAAUUUUCAGUAUCUGGAAGUAGUGCAAUCUCCGCAUUCAUGAGAUGAAAAAACUGAUGAAUAAGAGUUUUAGAAUUCUUGGAUGUAGUAACAAAUAUACUUUUAUUCAUGCAUCAAAGAGUCAAUAUUGAGAGAACUUGUUGGAUACGAAUGAGAAUGGUUCAUAUCAAUGCUUGGUUAAAUGCCUUCUUCCUUUCUUUUGGUAGAAUGAUGCUUUUGGGAGGGUAGAUCGCCACUACAUCUUACAAUAUGGUCCUUGGUCUCUUCCUGACUUUCAAUAGAGAUGCUUGAGACCCAACAAAACCCUCCUUUCGUUUGGAUAGAAUAGGCCUUAUGCUGACGUAAGAUGACUUGUGUUUUACUUGUUAAGCCUUUAUUUCAUAGCUCAUCUAGUGGUCAGAUGAAGCUAUCAAUUUGGCUCUUACCGAGUGAUCCUACAACAACAUUAUUAAUGUUGAAAAAUAUAGGCAAAGGGAGAAUGUCCUUUGUCACGCAGGAUAGAGGGGAGGAACGGUGAAAAUUGUCUUGAGAUUCAUUCACCGCUAACAUCUCUAAUAUAGGGAGGAAACCUACACAGCUGUCCCAAAAUACCCUCAGUUUUUUACAGUAUUUCCUUAUGACUUAGAACUUGCAACACUCACCCGCAAGAUGAAGUUUAGAAAAAAUUAUCUUCAGUAAGUCGUUGAUGAGCAUUUACUUGCUAGAAAGUGACCUUGUGAUGACGAUGAUCUGUUAUGGCAGCAACUCCCCCUGUGAUGGUGUCGAAAUGCGCAUCUUCUGCUGGGUUGUAACAAUGCAGGACUGCUUCAUUGGACAAUGAUGGCUUCUAAUGCCGGGUUGCAUGAGAUGGGGGUAGACUGCUGGAUUGUGUAGAAUGACAUUGGAUGAUGGAAGAUGGCCUUGACAUGCUCAAGAUGGUACCAGAUAGAGAAUCAUGUAGGAUGGAGGAGGGACAAUGCCAGAUGGCAAGGAUGGUAGCAGCACAGAUUGUGGGAGACUCUGGUUGCCAGACUAGAGAGGAUGUCAGGUUGAUGUAGGAUAGAGCGAGACAGACUGAGGAGGAUAGAGGACGACACUGGAUGCCGGACGUAUUUCAGACAGAGGACGACACCAGAGGGAGAAGGGACGGCACUAGACAAGGAGGCCAGUGCUAGAAGUCUCAGGAUGGAGGAUGAACACUGGAUUGAGACGACACUUGACAGAUGUUUGAUGGAGGACAGUGUCGUCCUCCUCGACUAGAUCAAAACAAAAACAUAUGAAAAUGGAAACAACGACAAUGGACCCAGAUAUUUCAAACUCUGGACAGAGGGCUUGAUGCAAAUAGGAAUGAUGCCAAUGGACUUGAAGGUGUCAUUGAUGAACCUGCUUUUGAUGAACUUGGAUAUACUGUUCAGUGGUAGAUGAAGAUCACUCUGGAGCAAUAUUGCCUCCAGCAAGAAGAGAACACGUCAUUCUUGGACUAGAGGACUGACGGAUGUAGAACCCACUCUGAAUAAUGGAAAGAAAAUCUGUUCCAAAUGGCAGAAUAAUAUGCCUAUAAAUGGCAGAAAGAUAAUACGCCCUCAAAUGGUGGAUGAAGAACACACAAUGAAACCCUACCAAAACGAACCCGCUAUGAUACCAUGUAGAAAAACAAAGGCAAAGGGAGAAUGCCCUCUGUCAUGGAGGACAGAGGGGAGGAAUGGCAGAAGUUAUCUUUAGAUUCAUUCACCUCUUAACACCCCUUAUAUAAGGAGGAAUCCCUACACAACUGUCCCAAAAUACCCUCAAUCUAUUACAGUAUUUCCUUAUGACUUAGAACUUCCAACAAUUAAGUUGAGACUUAUGUCUUAGGGAUUGACACUUAGAUCUUGAGUGUAACUUUUUUAGUUCAUGAGUCAACACAUGAUGUUUGGUAUGAUUUUCCACACAUUAUGAAUUAUUUUGGUCUAAUAUUGUUCCGUGGGUUUGGGGAGUUGAUGUUACAUCUCAUUGCUAUUAUGUUUUUUUACUUUAUUUAGAUUGAGAGCCUUCAUUUGUUUAUUUAAAUCUCCUUCACAAGAUCAAUACAGAUCAACAUUAGCAUCAUGAUUCUAUAACAAAAAAAUCGGCUUAUUAUGUUUAACAAGGUCCCUUGAAAGGGUAUCCAAGGUAUGAUAUUUGGUUAUAUGACAUCAGUAUAUGUUGAUUGUACCGGAGUGGAUAUGGAUUAUGAGAAAAUGGGGAGAAGGAGAAAAGACCUUGCAAUCAUUGUGCAAGGAAAAUCAUGAGGAAAGUUGUUUAGUGAAUAUCCUAAUAGUCAAUCUGAUAAUUUCAAGUAAAGGAAAGAAAGGCAUGUAGCUGAAAGCCACCUAGUUAUGAUGCAUCUUGCUAACGUGCUUAUUGCGUCUUCCAUUGAGGAUGGUGAUUCAAGUCACAGUACGACAACUCUAACAAGUUUUCUUAAUUGGGACAGUGAUAGUUCUGUUAGUCUUCCUCAGUUUUUAAGAUGCUCUCCUUUUCUUCCUUAAUUAUCAUAGUGCUCGUGCCAUGUUUGUGCGUCUUUGUGGUUCUGCUGGUAAUUUUAAUAGUUAAAGGAGUAAGAUUGUUAACUUUCUCUACUGUAGGUAUAACUUUUGAGAGAAAGCUGAUUUACUAUGGGAGAAAGAAUAUGAGUUUUGACUACCUGGACAUAUACUUCUUCCUGCAGUCAAGAAGGAGACUAAAAUUUGCCGAUGACUAUUCCCUCUACCUUCUUCCUGCAGUCAAGGAGACUAAAAUUUCACAAAACAUCCAAAAUCUAAGUAUCUAAAACAUCCUCUCUCUCUCUCUCCCCCUCUCUCUCUCUUCAAUUCUCACUUCUCUUGUAAAUAUUGUAAACAAUUUUUAGUUAUAGAAAUUGAAUGGAGAAAUCAGAACUAGAGAAAAGUACUACCUGUGAACUUAUAGACCUGCUUAAUGGAAUAAAUGUGUUUGCUCCAGGUGGGUUUUCAUCAUCAAGAAUGAAGUAGACUGUAUGCUCAUUGAUAGAUUAAAGACUAGACUAGUUGAAAGAUGUAUACAUACCUAUGGCAUUGAUCAUUUAGAUAUGUUUGCCGUAGUUACAAACUUGAAAUCUAUGAGAAUGAUUCUUCCUUUUGUUGGAAAAAUAUUCAUAUGAUUGUUAGUAACUGAAUGUGAAGAAUGGUAUUUUUAAUCAUGAUAUUCAAAAUGAGGUAUAAAUGCACUGUUCUAUGUGAUAGCCAAGGCAAUAAUUCUAACUGGAAAAAGGCUCGUAUGAUUCGAGGUAAACCCUGCUUGCAUGGUUCAUGGUAGUUCUGAUAAAAUUGGGAAACAAUGAAAGCCAUUGGCUACAUAAUUUGUGAAUAUUGGAGUUAUUACCAUUUAGUAUUUUAUGUUAAUUAUAUGUAUAUAACAGGAGAUAGUGAGGGGGUUAUUGGCUGACUGAAUUGGUAACUUGUGAAGCAUUUGUUAUCUUGUCUCUUAUGCUGUUAGUAUCCUCAAAUAAUUUUUUCACUCAUACGAUAUGGUCCAAAGUCUUCAACUUAUUAACAGAACAUCUUUACUUUAUUCUAUGACUAACGUUAUGCAGAUUGAAAGCCAUGUAGAUUAUGAUUGCACUGGAUAUCACGAUGUGGGUAAUUAUAAUAUAAAUGUUGAUUGCACGCUCUACUUGGACGAGCUUGUAAGCCUAUGUUGAUGUGAAAAAACAUUGGUUCUUUAAAUAUUUAUGUUUGUUCCCCAUCAUAAUAAUCACCGUUCAGCUUGGCAUAGAAAAAGUAGUGCCUGAAAGUCUAAUUACAGUUGUACACGACCUUUUUUCCUUGUUUUCUGACCAAUCCAUGGACUUCAUCAUCCUAAUGUAAUUACAGAUUUUUUUUUCAUUUUGAUAGUUUUAUUUUUGAUAGAUGAUUUUUAGCUUGUUUGGUGUUAUUAUAGUUCUAUACUUUCCGUGAAUAAUUUUCUUUCCGUUUUUAGCUUUGUUUUGUGUUGACUUCAUCAUCCUCAAAUAAUGUAUUGACAUUUAUGGAAGUUUAUUUUGGACGGCUGUUCUAGCCCUUCAGUUUUGUAAUGUUUGUAACUGGUCUAGUCACGUCUUUAUGUACUAUCAUGCAAAUUUUUAGAUUGCAGAUAUUUUUUGGUUAUAUUUCUUUAUUUUAACAUAUUUCUUGAUAAAUAACUCAGGCUUGGUUUGAAACUGGGUCUGGUGGUUAUCAGACGUGGGGUUCAAUGACCCAUGAUGGCUCAAGUUUUGGUCAAAUGGGAGCCAGUUCAAUGAGUAGUGCUGGACCAGUCAACACUGAGGAGAUGACAUUCUUAUACAUACAGAUGGAAUACUGUCCACGGUAUGGAGUUUAUUAACUGCAUUUUGCUCACAACUUGUGGUGCAUAUAUUAAUGGUUUUUGCAUGUAACUUGAGAAUUACAACAUGCAGCUUAAUAAUUAGUUCUUGCAUGUAAUUAGAGGUGAUAAAAUUUUAAUCAUGUAAACGUGAUUGAGUUGGAUACGUGGAUAUAAUAUAUCUAGUUUGGGUCCUUGUUAGAUAUUACAACAGUCAGGGAUUCAAAAGAGCGACUGUAGCUCCCAUUGGUGUGGUUUUGACUGAAAAGCGUGAUGAAGUAUUUUCUGUUUGUUUGAUAUCAAAAACAGUGGCCGGCAGAGUUGUAGCUUACACUGAGACACUACUGGCUGAAGUUUAAGCUAUAGAUACUAGUAAAAAUGCAGGAAGAUAUUAAAGCAGAUUUAGAUUGGAACUGGAUGUUCCCCAGAUCAUUUUAGGUUGUAAUGGGGAUGUCUCAUUACAAUAAAAAAAAGGCUUUGAGCAGCAGUCAGUGAAUCCCGGUUGGAUUGACUGGUUUGGCCAGAUUAUGCCAUUUAUGCUCUAGUAGAUGGAGAAUAGGGAAAUGCUAUAUUUAUCAAUGAGUAGUGGCCAAGGAAGAGAGGACAUGGUGGAAUACGAAAUAUAAGAAAGAAAAACAUCUCCUUUGCUACCGACGUCUAUUGUUUAUUGUUGAUUUUGGUUGUCAUUUGCUCUUACCUUCUUGCUGGAGGAGCGUUAAAUAAUGCGAUUAAAAUAUAUACUUCAUUAAUUACCAAUUAGUUUUUGUUAAGAGUCAUCAGGUCAUCAAACUAAAGGGCAAGGCGAAUGUACCCCAUUUAUGCUGUUCACGUGACUAAGUUAAACAUUUGAUUGUAAAGAAGAAUGCACUUUAUUGUGAUGUUACUGUUGAGAACAACCAUUUUCUGUCUUCUAGUUGUCUAUUAUUUGAUUUUGGCCCACUCUCUUUGGGCUCUUUUGGCCCAAAUUUCUGGGCCCAGAUAUGUAAUUGGCUUCUAAUCCAAUAAUAUAAAUAGAUCGGAGCUAGCUUGGGGAAAGGUGCGAGAAAUGUCCCUCUAACUUGCAUGAGCUAAUUUUGGGUUUCUCUCCUCUUCUUUGCCAUAGAGAGAUUUAGGAUAACAAAAUGUGAGACUUGUCUGGCAAAGUUGCCAACAUCUUCCAUGAGAGAUGUGGAAGCAUCUCCAAGAUCCUGAGGAUGAGAAGUGUAGAUGUGAACAAUGGGGGGACGAGGAGACAAUGAAGGCUCAAAAGGUAGGAGAAUAGGAGCAUGAAUAGGCUCAUCAAGAGGAAAACUGAUACAAUCCUCAUGGAAGAUCGAAGAGGCAAAAUACUUGUAUUGAACUCACGAAACCUCGUCAAUGACGAGAGAUAGAGCGUCAGAAUGACAGUCUAUCUAGAUAGCGGAAAAGAAGAGGGAAAGAAGAGUAAAGGGUGGGGAAAAUGUUCGAGAGGAUUCCCCGCCUCUCCAGGUUCCGAUUCGUCCCCCCAUUACCCACCUCCUUGUGCUGUAUUUAUACCCCUCACAUGUGCAGUGCACGUUACUCCUUAUACCUUCUAUAGGUCAGUAGUGGGGUCGUGUCAAAACCUAGAAUAAUUGGCAGAAAGAGGUAACGAUUGAAAGACCAGAGAGGAAGGAAAGACCCUAAAAGAUGUAAAGGACAAGCCUUUAACGAAGCUAACUUGAUGAGAAAUGAAAAAAUGAAAAGAUACCCGGUCAUCUUAACAUUUGCACUCUGCUGUAAGUUAAACUGUCAUAUCGUAGUUUUGAAGGUGCUUAAGUCAGAUGUAUUAAACAUAACCUAGAAAGCUAUCUUGUACUUUAGUAAACCCUAUUACGGCUAAAGAACCUAAACUGUCGUGAGUCACAUAUUUGCCUGGCACAACCCCUUUACUGUUAAGAAGAAGGAAUGUAGUAGUUUUUUCUAAUGAUUAUGGCGUAUAAUUACUGAUAGUAGUCAUUAUAAACUUUCAUGAUACUUUCGUACAGUUUAUGAUAUUUUCUGGUUAACAAGUUUUCUUGCCUGUGAAGGACACUACGCCAAGACUUGAGCAGCUUCGAAAGUCUUUAUGACAAGCAAACGACAUGGCAUUUAUGUCGGCAAAUUGUAGAAGGGUUGGCACACAUUCAUAGCCAAGGAAUCAUCCAUCGUGAUCUAACUCCUAACAAUAUUUUCUUUGAUGCACGUAAUGAUGUUAAAAUUGGGGACUUUGGCCUUGGUAAGAUUUACUUUUAUUUUUUGGCCCUUUAUUUUGUAUUCUUAGAAAUAGAAAUGUCUUUGGGUUAAUCAAGAGGCAUCUGGGAUAGUACUUGACUGUGUUUGCACUUGUUAUAGAAUACUUGCUGGAUAUUUUUCUUCUAGUUUCACACUGUUUUUGAACUUAAUGCUUUGGUCGUGAUUGCUAUAGCUAUUUUAGACUCCACAUGUGUUGUCAUGAACCUAAUCCUUGUUAUAAGAAGGUAUCUUUUGUUUUGUGAUUGCAUUCGAAUGAUUCUUAUUUUGGUCUCCAUAGGUGUGCUUUUCAGUCCAUUUUUUUUCUCAUCUGAAUAAAUUUCAGAAAAUUUACAAAUAAGAUAUAUGAUAAACAUAUAGAAGAUUUGGUUUUGCCUCAGUGUCAUUUAAUGCUGCAACUUGUUGCCUCGGCAAGAUGGUUUCUCAGAACCUUGCUCCUCUUCACAUCUUAAAAAACUAGAUAGUAUUGAUUGACUGUGGUCAGGUUUCUGGCUUUAAUGUUUAAGAUGAGCUGAGGAUUUACAUUCUUGUCUUUAUACUUACUCUGUAGCCAAAUUCUUAAAGCUGGAGCAGGUUAACCAGGAGCAAAAUUUUCCUGCUGAAGUAACUGGAGUUUCUAUGGAUGGUACUGGUCAAGUGGGUACUCCAUUUUAUACAGCACCGGAGAUUGAGCAAGGGUGGCCUCAAAUAAAUGAAAAGGUUUGGGUCUUUUUAAAAUAUUGCUAUAUUCUUCUUGCCGUUGUAUGAAAAGGUUGAGUGAAAUACUUGCCGUUGUACUGCUUUUACAGCUAUACAGCAGAAAAUAAUCUCCUGCGCUCUUAGAUACUUGGCUGAUUCUUGCUUGAUAAUUUCCUUGACAUUUAGAUCUAAAAGUUGCGUUGUAUUUUCAGGUGGACAUGUAUAGCUUGGGGGUUGUAUUUUUUGAGUUGUGGCACCCCUUCACAACAGCAAUGGAAAGGCAUAUUGUCCUUUCAGAACUAAAGCAGAAAGGAACACUUCCUCCUGCAUGGGUAACUGAAUUUCCAGAACAGGCAUCAUUAGUGGAACGUUUAAUGUCCCCUAGCCCGUCAGAUCGUCCAACUGCUGUUGAAAUUUUACGCCAUGAAUUGCCUCCUCGGAUGGAAGAUGAGUGGUUAAAUGGUGAGGCUUUUUCUGCCUCUGGACUCAAUAAUGUUGAAACUGGACUGCUAGUCGUGAUUAUUCUUAAAUGGUGCCAUGUUGUCGUCUACUAAAUUUAAUUUUAUGGCUUCUGUUUACUUGAAAAUGGUGGUUUUGUUUGGCACUGUUGAGGUUUCCAUUAACUUUGGAGUUUUGUCAUUCUUAUUUUCUUUUCAUUGUGGAUGUUAUUUAUUUUCAUUUCUUUCAGAUUUAUGUAUCGCAUUUGUUUGCAUUUUCCCAAGAGUUUUGUGGUACUUCCAGCUACACUGAUGUUAACAUAUAAUUUUAAUGGUAUUGAUGUCGUUCCCAAACAUUUGGGUAGUGUGCUCUGUAUCUUUAUUGUUACGGAGCUCCUUGGUGUAAAGUCUCUUUGCAAAUGUGCAUGGGUACGACGAGUCACAACCCUGAUAUGUCACUAUAGAAUCUUAUGGUAGGAAAUGAGGUCUGAAAAAUGUCAUCCUGAUGAUCAUUGCCAUAUAUCGUAUCUUGAAACCAUCACCUUGAAGUUCUGUCAUAAAAAUAGAAAGGCCAAUGCAUAGGUAGUUGGGGAAAUUUUUUCUGUUUCAUCUUCUUCUGGUUAUUGUUUCACAGCAUCAAAAAAGCACUCUGUUGCUGGUUGUUUUUUGAGUGUAUUGUCUUUCUAUUUGCUAUAAUUCCUUAAGCAUGUUGCCUGUUAUGGAUAAUAAGUUCCUUAUGUUUUUGUCCAGAUGUAAUAUAUUAUUACCAACUUGAACUGACCAUGAACUUUAAUGAAAUUUUUUCUUCAGAUAUCUUACGCACAAUUCAGACAUCAGAAGAUACCUAUGUGUAUGAUCAUGUUCUAUCUACUAUUUUUGAUGAGGAAAGAAUGAUAAUGAAGGCUAAAAAACAGCAUACUGAAAGGAAGGUCACACAAGGCGAAUCCUCUUUUCCACAGUACACAAUUUUGUCUUCUGAACUACGAGAUAACAUUGUGGAGAUUAGCAAAGAAGUGUUUUGUCUACAUGGAGCGAAGAGACUGGAGAUAGCACCAAUUCGUUUAUUUGAUGGUUGCCAUCCUUAUGAUAGGUUUUUGUUCCUUUCAUUUAUUCGCUAUUCGUGUAAUAUUAAAUGACACUUCUUUAAAAAUAAUAUAAUCAAUUUUGAUUUGAAUCCAGAAAGAAGACUGUCAAGCUUCUGACAUCCAGUGGGAACAUGCUUGAACUUUGUCAUGAGCUUCGCUCACCAUUUGUUAGUUGGGUGAUUACUAAUCAGGUGCCAAAUCUAAAAACCGUCAUAUUGAACCUUUCAUGUGCAAAUUGCUGUAUUUGUUGGGUGCAAAUUGUUUUUCUGUAGUACCACCCUAUUUGACCUUGAUUUUCACUGGGUUGAAGAAUGUUUAUCAUUCAAUAUUAAUUUGCUUUGAUCUAAGAAUUAUAUUUUCGGAAGUAGCAUCAAGUUUGGACAUCCUGAAAGGCAGGGAGGUGGGAGAGAAACAGGGAGAUGACUGAGGAAAGAGAAACAUAUUGGAGAUAGAUGCAGGGCUGUUCUCUUGUGAGUGUUUGAAUGGCCAGUGUAAUGGAAUUGGCAAAUCUUGGCUCAGUUUUGAAGGUAAUUCUAGAUCCGACUGGUGCAGGGGAUUAUUGGCUGCUCUAACACAAUAUCACCAUGUCUUGUGCGGACUGGACCUGCAAUUAUUUCAGACACGUUAGGUAGUCCGGGAUGCUGUUUUACUGUGUAACAUUGUAUUAUCAUGUUUAGAGGGUUAUCACCAUCUCUUACUGCAAUUACUAGUUGUCCUAUUAAGGAAAUAUUCCUGUUCACACCAUCUCUUACAUGUUUCCCCCUUGGGUGCUUAUCUCCUUUUCAAUAUUCUUCUUCUUCCCCUUCUUUCUGCCUUGUUCUCUUCUUAUCUACAUGGUAUCUGAACAUUGAUCCUAAUGUCGAAUCUGGAUCGUUUAUCCCGUCUUCUCACCUGUUUAGUCGCUAUCUUGCACCUCUCUGGAUGGUUUGGGGCUUUCUGAAUUUCUGAGGUCCUGUCCCUGUUCCUUCUUCGGGUGUAUCCUGUCUAGAAUGCUUGGAGGCUGUACACUUCUUCCCGUCCUGGUACUAUUGAUAUUAUACCCCACUCAAUGGUGAACCUGACAUGGGUUCUAAAAGGCGGCCUGGAUUUUGUUUAGAGGUUCCCCACUUAUUUUUUGUGGCUAUCCAUAUCUAUUUUCCUGGAGGAGAUAGCACCUUUGGUUUGAGGUUCAUGAAGUCAUUAUAAAUCCUCUCAGAGUUCCAUCGAUCGAACAGCUGUCUAGGAAACAUCCAAGGGUUCAUUGAUUCUCUUCAUUAAUUGGAGAUCUAUCAGAAGUGGAAUAAAUGAGGCUCAACGUAGGUAUGCUACUGGCAGGUAGGCUUGUAAUCAUGUUUUCGAUAUGGAUCUUUUUUUCAAGAUUGAAAAAAGUUGGAUAUGCAUAGUGUAUUGCUUUGUGAAGUGACGGGCUGGGAAGACAUACAUUUACUUAUCUAUGUGGAUCACAUGGUGGCUUUUGGAAGACGUACAAGCUAAAAAAUUUGAAAUCAUUGUCAUGUAAUGUGUGAGGUAUUUCUUGGAACAUAGGUGUAGACUUUCAACAUAGGCAUAGCUAGAGGAUAGAGAUGGAAAAGCUAGGUUGAAACAGGCUGGGACACUCAUAGAGGUAUAUCUUGAGUUGAACGGACAAGCUACAGAGUAUUAUCCGAGAUUUACUUGGUGUAUUUGACUCUGCUUACCAGUUCUAUUUUUACUUAUUUAAGGUCAUACUCUUUCAGACCCUUUCGGGAAAUGGUUUGGGCGCCUCUUAUGAGGGAAGUGAGCCCUGAAUGUGCUGAGGUCAUUUCUGAUAUCAUGGGGCAAUCGCUGGUAGAAUAUGUAAAGGUCUAUUACUCCCAUUAAUCGCUGGUAUACCUGUUAGAUAAAUAUAUAAUAUUUUAAUUGAGUAUUUAUUUCGUGCUUAAUAUCACUCCGUUCUUUGUGGAUUUGUAUGUUGGAAUGGAGAAAUGAAGGAUUUAGAUAAGGGGGAUGGUUGAUACUACCCAGUGACAAAUGUGAUAUGAGAGAUGAUGGUACCAUCAAUGGAACUUGAAAUCAUUGCCAAUUGGCCAUUUUGAGGACAUUGGUCUAGGGAAGAAAGAUGUGAGUUGCUCAAUCUAACUUUAGGGUACAUGCUAUCUUAAGGGUAAGUGUGAAAAAUGUUGAUCAUUGAGUGUAAUAGAUUUUCAAAUGAUCAUCUGAUCAUGGAGACCAGGGAAGUAGUCAGCUUGAGCAAGAUCUGGUGGAGAUGUUUUAUCCAUGGUGAUGUUAAAUACUUGCAGUGACAUUGAUGAAAUACUAUUUGGCAAAGCUAGAAGCUUGGAAAAUGAACCCCAAGGGUACAAAAAGCUCAAGAGAAGUUCAAAGCAAAGGAGAAGAUGACAAAUUAUGUUGAUAUUAAUGCGAAAAGGCAUAUUAAGUAUAGACAUUACAAGGCCCGUAAAAUCUUACUAACAUGAGCGGUAUACUCCUCUAAAAAAUAUGUAUUUAUUCGGGAUAAUCUGAUCCAGUCUCUUAAAACGCAUUAAAAAGAUUAUUUUAUACUAUCCUAUGCCCCAUUCGGCUACCAGCAGUCAUAGCCUAGCUGUUAAUCAUGCCCUUGUCUAAUUUACUAAGGAUAUUAGGGUGUAAAGUAUAAUAUAUUAGACAUGUAGGAAGCCAUCACCUUCUUAUUGGGUAUGUCUCGUUUGUCUCAAGAGGAGUAAAUAUACAUUUAAACUUCAAUGGCAAGUCAUGCAUAUUUCACAAUGGCAUAUAUGAUUUAACAGUCUACUUGACUAUUGAGGAGUGAAGUGGAUCCUCUCAUAUAACAGUUUACUUGACGAAUAUGCAUUAAGGUUUUUAGAUUAGAGUUUCAGAAAAAGAACCUUCUAUAUAGUUUCUUUCCAAUCUCUGUUGUAUAUUUGUACUAGAGAAACAAAGUGACUAAUGCGUACUACCUCAAAGAUUGCUGGUGUCUACUAUAUUGACAGAUUUUAGUCAAAGCAUCAAGUGAUGUAGAGAAUGUGAUGAACAUUCUUUUUUUGUGUUUGACUUCAUUAGUAAGCGUCCCAUGGAUAGAAGGGUCUGGAUUAGUGUUUGGAGUUCUUCAAAGUCACUCCAAAAAAGAAAGUUAUAAGAAUUAGAAGAGCAGAUUUUAUUUAUUUCUGUUUCUACUAAAUGACAAUUGCUAUACGAUUUGAACUUGUCUUCUUGUUGAAUGUUUAUUGAACUCUAUAUGCAGAAGGUUAAUUUCAAACGAUAUGAAAUCUCAUGGGUUCAUAGGAAAUCAAUUGGUCAUUCAACACCUAAUCGCUUUCUUCAGGUAUGUUUUUUUUCUAUACAUUGGGAAUUUUUUUGCCCAUCCACUUAUUUUUUAUGUAUCUUAAAUGUUUGCCCCUAGGAAUGCAUUAUUAUUAUUUCUACAUGGUUCUGUUACGAUGAAGUGAUUGUUCUGAAUGGUCUAUUCCUUGCACAGGGUGAUUUUGACAUUAUUAGUGGUGCACCUACAUUGGCAACGUCAGAGGUUUUAAAGGUUUAUCAUCUUAUUUGAAGCAUUUUCUUUUUUACUUUGUUAUGAAGACAUUCAAAUUUUAACACCUGCAAGUAGAUGACACUGAUUUUCUUCACAUUGAACACGUCCUUAGAAGUGUUGACCUGUCUGCACAUAUUUCUGGGGGCCAAAAAUCAUAUGCAAGAGUAGAGAAGAAAAGAGAGGAGGGAAAUACAACAUCGGAGACUGUGCGUGGACUUUUUUCUGCAUGUCUGCAGCCUAAAACCAAUGAUUUUCUUGUAAUUAUUAAUACAGAACGAGUGCCCUCUGUAUCUUGUAGUUAUAUAGGAUAUUAGACCAGUUGUGAUAGAGAACUGAAGGAUUCAGAACUCACUGAGGGGCCUGUUCACUUACUAGAUCAGACAUGGUUUUAUUGGGUCCGGAAUUCCCAGUAAACCAUAACAAGCUUGGUCCAAUAGGCCAUUCUAAACAGAACAAAAGAUCUGCACAUACACAAUGAGUUUUUGAUUAAAUGAAUAGCUGCCUUAUAAAGUUGAACUCAAAUACUUAUGAUGCUGAGUUUCUACGUAUGAAGAACUUGAAUGUUUUCAUUCUUAUUUAUAACGUUGAGGCACCCUUAUGUGUAUAUCUGUAUCUUUCAAGAUUUGUUUCAGGGAACCAUUAAAUUGAACCAAUGGCGACAUUUACCGAUCACUUUUGAUGUUGUGAAAAUGUAUUUUAUAGUCGUCUGGCGGCUUACUAACAUUUGAUGAUGCCUCAAAUGAUCUUGUGCUCCACCGUUUUUCUCUUGUCAUGUUUCUCUUUCUCCCCCUCUCUCUCCAACCGCUUCCCGCUCUCAUUUCUCUCUCAGAGCUCAUUCUAGUAAAAAAAUCUGGUGAUAUGUCUGGGUCUUCCCUUCCUCUGUGAGUCCGCUGUAGGACCUCUCCUUCGGUUGAGUACCCAGAGAGAAAGAGAGAGAGGGAGGAGAGUACAGUAGAUGCAGAUACGGUGAGGAAGGGGGUGGGUUGUAUAUGGCUAUUUGAGCCACGUCAGUCUAGAGAGUAAAAAAAUGCUGAUAUGGCUUGUCAGCCAGACAACCUUGUUAUCGGUACUGUUGAAAUUUGACUGCUAAGAGAAAUAGUUAUUUCACUUAAGAAUGCUAGAAAAAAUUGAAUUCGGUAAUUGAUAUCGUCUUGAAAGUUAUUGGGCUUCUUUAGAAAGUUGAGAGUCUACAAAUGUUCUUAUCAGCUGAUGCUCUUUGGGAGGCAUUCUGGGAAGAAUCACAUGAAUUAUUUCUAUUGAAGCAAUAUUGUUAUGAUUCCCGCUUUUCUGUUCUUGGUGUCAGAAAGUGGUUUUUUGAUUCCUUCAGACUUCAAUGUUGAGAGAUUUCAAAGUGACACUUGCAUUUUUAUUUCAGAUUGUCAUUGACAUUGCCUCCAGAUUCUUUCAUCCCGACACUUUUGAUAUUCGUCUAAAUCAUGCUCAAAUUUUGGAAGCGAUUUGGUCAUGGGUAGGGAUUGAUGAAGAGCUUAGACAAAACAUUGCAGAAGUAUGGACCGUGUUGAUUCCAUUAAUUGAUGCUUGAUUAUGUUAUCAAAAUUUAUGGUGAUAGAGCCAUUACAAAUAACUCUUUCUCUUAUAAUUGAAGCUUCUCUCCCUUAUGAGCUCAUCAUGUCCCCAAUCUACAAGCCGUAAAUCGAUAUGGGGCUUUAUUCGUCGUCAGCUAAUGCAGGUUUGUGAACUGUGUAAAUAGUUAGUCGACUGUGAUUUUCAUGCUUGUUAGUGGUUAAGCCUUGGCAUUGGCGCUUGUUCUUUUUCUUAUUUUUCGAGUGUAAAUUUGAGAUCAAACUUACUCCAUUGAGAUGGUUUGGUGGGAGGUGGGGGGGUCUCUUUCUCAUGUCAUGUCGUGCUGUGCUUGGAAAGCCGGAGAAAAAACAGUUUUAAGAAGUGAUUUUUUGUUUUUUUACUUUUACACAGUAGUCAUGAUUAUGAUGACAGGAUUCUUCAACCCUCUCUUAUCAAAGCUGAUUGAAAACUGUGCCCCUAAUAGGUUUUCAUUUCUAUUGUUUUUCUUUUUCAUUGCUGAUGAGCACUUGGUAGUGAUGGUUCUUUCUUGGGACUUAUGGACACUCGUCAGUGUACAGGCCAACUUGUAUUUUUGAAUCUUGCUUCCCUUUGGAAAGUAGAACUGAAAUUCGCGUAUAUAAGUCAAUCAGGCGUCCUGCAUUUUUUGAUGUGAUGGUUUGAAUUAUUAAGUGCAAAACAUCUAGUUGUCUGAAGUAUAUGGACAGGUUUUUGUAUGUCACAUUUAAUGAAUAGAUAUCAAAAUCUAACUGAUGUGACCAUGGAAAAGACAUUGUUUCUUGUACUGUGGUCAACUGUCGUAAAGGGUAAUCAUGUGGGUCUGCCAAAAGUCAUGGAAACAUGGAGCAGCAGUCAGAUUAAUAUGACUGAAUAAAGCUGGCUUUUUUGGAACAUACGGAGCUGCUAUAAUUUCAGAUUUUCAGGGAUAAAGAGCACAUGUAUGAUCACAAUGCAUGCGCUCCUGCAGCCUGUCCAUUUUUUUUUGCCUACUGGAUUGUUUUAUGGUUUUUCCAGGAGACAAAAGCCUUUAUCUAAUUACCAAAUCUACAUAGAAGUGAAAAGGCAAAUCCUUUGACAGAAAUGAUAGGCUAGUAUGUGUGAAUCGACUUUAAUCUCUUUGUCAUUUUUUAAACCAGGAUCAUGGUCUCACAGAGGGUGUUGUUGACAAAUUACACGCUGUAGAUUUAAGAUUCUGUGGUCCUGCUGAUCAAGCACUAGCUAGAUUGAGAGGGGCUAUUUCUUCUGGUAUUUUUCUUUUCUUUAAUCUGUAUUGUAUAUUGAUAUUGGUGUAUAGUAAAAUCCUUAAUUUCAAUGUGACUGCAGAAAUGACUCAUAAAGCACUAGAAGAGUUGUCCGAUCUUCUAAGCUAUCUCAGAGUCUGGAGAAUUGAGAAGCACAUCUCUUUAGAUGUGCUCAUGCCGCCUGGGGAGAGUUACUACAGAGGCCUUUUUUUCCAGGUAAUGGGGGCUGUUAUAUUCCAUCUCAUUGUUUUCAUUUGAUUGCCUUUCUUUGCUACGAGGAAGGUCCACAGACCAACUGGCAUGUUUUCUUAGGCCAGUUUGUUACGCAAACGUUUUAUGGUCUGGUGUAGAAGAUUGCGUUCUUUUCCUGGUGUAGAUCAGUAACGUUUUAUGGCACGUUUUCAUCAUUUCUAAAAAUGAUUCCGAGGGCACACGGAUAUGUAGAUGUGAAUAUGGCUGAUCUAUUCAUAGCUCUUUAAGAGUUGGCUUGUGAACAACGCAGCCUAGGCGAUCAACUUCGUGUUGAAUGGACGCCUUGGGUAUAUUGGGAUAUGAGUGGCUGUUUGCAUUCACUUUAACAGUCUCAUGUAAGAGCUUUCAUUUCACCCGAGAAAACCUAAAGACUUUUGUCUCAGCCAAAAUCCCAAAUGAGACUUGAACAACAAUUAUGCAUUACGUGAUGGCUGAAUCCAAGUUGGCAUGGUGCAAACUUUUUGGAAGUCUAAUUGAAUAUGGGACUAUUUCCUUGAUGUGUAUGUGAUUUUUCUUCUUAUUGGCCCAUUAAGUUGACCAAUAAUAGAUAUUAUGAUUGUGAUGCCUAGUCCUCUCUGUCUAUAAAUAGGCAGUCCUACGAACUUUAAAACUAAUUUUUGGCUUUUGUUUUGAUAUCGUAUUAGACCAAUUGUUGCUUCUGCUGCAUAUACCCCAUUUAAAUACACGUGACAAAAGCUCAAAAGACGCUGUGGAUGUAAAUUUAAUGACUCUGUUAGAAAACAUAGAAAACAUGGCAUUGUUAAUACCAUAAAAAUGUUCAAUUUUUUUCAGUUUGCAACUAAUGUAGUAACUCAGCUCCUUGAUUCUUUUCUCAUUGCAUAGCAGGUGGCAUCGUUAAUUCUUUUUGUAUGUGAGUCAACUCCUCUUGAGCAACAAUCUUUCCUUAGAAACACAUACUAUAAGGCCGUAUCCAUUCGAGUUUCUCUGACUUGAUCAAUACUUAACACAUAUACUUAGCAUGUCAUCAUUUAACCACUAUAAUAAAAAAAUAUGUAAAUACUAUAAUGGCCGUUUUCCCUUUGUGAUAUUGCACAUAUAGGAGCCAUAUUCAUGGAAGAUCAACCACUGAAUAUUCAGUGAAAUCUUCCGUACUCCAACAUUUAUAGAAACAAUAGCUCCUUAGGUAAGAGCACAUGCCAUAUGAACAGCUCUACUUGCACCCCUUCAGAGGCCACCAAAAAAAGACCACCCUAAUAUGAAUUUAAAGCCUCUUUAUUUGUGUCAACAAAGAUGAAAUGCGUGGAUUCGCUCAAUUUUACAACUAAUAUGAGCACAAUCUAUUGCAACUUGGUUCUUCCCGGAGGAACAACAAGAGUUGGGGCUUCUAAAUCGUCCUGUAUCGGCAAUUAUAGAAACUAAUGACUUUAAUGGUAACUUUCUUCUGCAUUUCGCUGUACGCAAACAUGAAUGGUGAUUUUUGUGUUACAUGCCAGAGUAUCUCUUGAACUUCCUCAACUCCUUUGUUUUUCCACCUGCUAAAAUGUGCUCCCUUGUCUACUUACCAGCUACGAUCCUAACCAGUUCAGCCUGGUAUGAUUCGGUUAUCCUGGGCGAGUCCUGUUAGAAGUUCAAGACUUAAGUAGUAACUCAUUUGUCAUUUUCUUGUAUGCUGCUUCUAUUGCCCUCAAUUUCUGAGUUCCAUUCUUCCACUCUUAUCAUACCAUUUGAAUUUUUUUGCUGGCCAAAAUAAACUUAGGACUAAUCAAAGGUUCUAGGCUAAUCUAGUAUCAAUGAUCCAAUUAUUGGCUGUUACAUUGAUAAUGAUUAUAAGAGAUUUAAUGCUCGUGACCCGGUCCCAUUUAUCUUUUACUAUGUUGUAUAAAUGAAGAAAUGCAAUAUGACAAGAUAUAAAAAGUUAUUAUGCUUCUCCUGACUUCUUCUUACCUUUGAAGUAUGCGGAUCCACCUGAUGUUUUCUGGAUAAUCUAUCUUUCCAACCUUUGCACAUUCUGAUUCUAACUCCAUCCCACUAUUGAAUUACUUUUCCCAACACAUCUUCUUCUCCACUGCCAGCUGUGAUUUUGUUCGGACUCUUGUGAUGCCACUGUAAUAUAUUAGACAGAAAUUUACUUGUGAUAACUGACUAUUUAAGCUUUUUUUCCUGCAGCACGUCAUUUUUUAAACUGUUAUCCCGUGCUGCAGAUCUACUUAAUCAAGGAGAACAAUCCAAGUUCUGUUUCUGAGCGUACAUUACUUGCUGUUGGUGGCUGUUAUGACCAUCUUCUUCAUCAAAUGUGGACUCAUGUAUGUGGAGUGCUUCAAAUUCACCUCCAAACUAUUUCCCGUUUUAGCUCUUUAAAAUGGUGAAUAGUCGAAGAUGUCUGCUACACGUUACAUUAUCAAUGCAACUUUUGACAGGAACAGUCCCACAAGCCCAGUUAGUGACGAAUGAAGAUUUUUAAGGUUCCAAAGAGAAUUGAAUGCUUUUUUAAUGCAUUUAAAGACAUGGUUUAUUUACUUGGCUUCAGAGUAAUCUUAGAACAUGAGCAUAGAUGACAUAAUGACCAAGGGUACUGAGGCAUUAGGCUUUUGUUGGCAAAAGUGUAAAAUAUGAGGAAUCUUGCAAAAUAUAGUUUACCAAGAUAGUAAUCUGUGUACAUCAUUUGAUAUGGGCAUUAUCUUUUCUAGCCUGUUGGGUGGGUACCAUUUACAGCUCUAUAGAAAGGGUUAACUAGCUAAUGAGAUCAAAUGUGUUUCACAGUUUACUAUACUCUACAUAUGAGGUAUUCUGGAAAGAUAUCUUUAUUCCUUUCUUCUACAUGCAGCACCUCUGGGUUGACAUUUAAUCAGCAAAGCACACUUUUUCUAACUUUUGGUUUAUAGUGCCAUCUUGGACAAUUCCUUUCAAUGCUGAAACAAGGAGAAAACUUGGUGAUGUAAUGGCUUAAAGGAUACCAAGCUGCUGAGUUUUGCUGAUGAGUGUGAAUGAUUCUCCAUGGCUCUCAACCCAUUUUAGUGUCCCCUGUUGGCCGUUGAUCACGAUCCCUUGAAAUAUUCUUUGAUAUCCAACAGUGACACUUGCUCGUUCUGGCAUUAUAAAAUGUACAAACAUAAGCAAUCGCAGUGUCAUGUUUCGAAUUAUGGGGAAGCAAUUCUAUCUAUGGAGUGGAACCCACCCUGUGUCCCUUGGUGUCAUGACUUUUCAAAAGCAUCAUUGUUUGAUAAAUUACAUGGGAAAGGUGCAUGCUUUCUUUCUCAAAGUGGCUUAGUUGCCUUACAAAGGCAAUUGGAAUAGAUGCUUCUGAAAGUUUUCUGUUAUUUUUUUUUGGGGACUCAUUCUAUUUCUAUUUUUGUGCUUUUCUUCAAGGGGCUAAAUAAAUUGAGGUCAUUCCCAGAUUGUUUUGGCAACAAGUGAAGUGAACACAAAUGGGAUGAUAGAUUUGAUGCUUUAGGGCAUCACGACUAGAUAUGCCCCCACGUGAUAUUGAGAAACCUAUAAUUAGUUUUGAAUAUCAAAUUUUCAAACCUUGUUGAAAUAUGUAGGCGUAUGUUUUGCUAGUACUUCGUGGAUGUGUUGUCUGUUAAUAUAAUCAAUGAAAUUAACCCAAAUAAAAAUAAUUUUGACAGCUUGAAAUGCUGACAGGUAUGAAAAUUUUGUAUCCUAAUGGAAAAAAUCCUCUAAAGAAAUUGUCUGAACACUAUUUUAUUGUUGUGACAUGGAUUCUUUUGGAGCUUGUAUAUGAUGGUCUGAAAUGUUGUUCAGAAGGUAAACCCUCCAGGCGCAGUAGGGGUCAGCCUUGCACUGGAAAAGAUCCUUCAUCAUCCUUCUGUAGAGAUUAAACCUUCCAGGUCAAGAUGAAUUCUCUUUAGUUCCUUUUUGAAUGGAUUUUGCCUGCCUUAAAAACAUAGUAUAGAGUUCAUGUGAUAUCAUUUUCCUCGUUUAUGUUGCAGGAGCGAACUUACUUUUAGCGUUCUUGUCUGCUCGAGAGGCGGAGGUGGUAUGCUAGAAGAACGAAUGGAAUUGGUUGCUGAAUUGUGGCAAGCUAACCUGAAGGUGAGACUUGCAUAGGUAGUUAUCGUUCUUAAUGAAAUCUUGCAUAAUGUGAAUCAGCUUAAUGAGCUUGCUUUAGUUAUUGCUUCAUUCUCUUCUCCUCUUUCAGUGUGUCCAAAGUCUGGCAUUGUGUUAUAUCUAAGCAAGUUGUGUGCCAACUUUGUCAAAAGUUUGAAUGUUUCAUCUCAAGAUUUUGAUUGUAGUGGUGGACUUCCUCAUCCCUUUUUGUUUGAAUUAAGGAUGGUGCAAGUUCGAAAAUUGUAGCACUGAAUUUAUAGUGUUAUGUUAUGUCUGCUUUCCUAUAGGAGUCCCACAGUGAAUCCUCACAUACCAAGCAAGUUACCCUUCUCUAAUCGUACUUUUGAGUAGAAAUAGCCUGAAUGCUGGCAGCUACUUGGUUCCUUGUGGAACAUCACAUCAUACAACGAAAAUUUUCGGGCCUUUUUGGCCUUUUUUGGUCCAAGACUUCUGAUUUCUUUAUGUUUUCUCAAUUCACAGGCAGAAUUUGUUCCCCUAUCAGAUCCAAGCCUCACAUUGCAGUAUGAAUAUGCAUAUGAGCAUGAUUUUAAAUGCCUAAUAAUCAUUACGUCUGAUUCCUGGCAGACGGGAUGUGUAAAGGUAAUACAUGCUUCUGAAGUCACUUUGUCUUUGUAAACUGAAAUAUCCCUUGAGAUAGUAUCUACAAUUAGCGAUCAUAUCCUCAUUUAAUUACUUACUAUUGGCUGGAAUUUUUGAUUUCAAUGAGAACAACUAUUUUGUUUAAAUUUGGGUAUUGAUGUCUUAACUGUAAUUUAGUUCCUUUGAUUUUUUAAAUCCUAUUUUUUUUGGUUUUAUAUGUAUUUUACAUUGUCCACUUGGAUACUCACUUUUCAUCUAUUUCUGAUGGCUGUCAAUCAGCUCGCCAUAUAAAAUACAGUUAAUAAUGCUCUUUUUUUCACUUUUUUUGCUUAAAACAGAUUUAAGGUGAUAUCUACCACUUUCUCUGACGUUUCAAACCAAUUAAACCAUGAUGGAUGAGAGUUGUGGGAAAGAAUGUAUCUUUAGGAGUUUAGCUCUUAGCUGGACUGUUUCUUAGUUCGUUCAUUUCCUAUUUGUGUAUUUCAUGACAAGAAUUCUAGGUGGAAGAUUGGAUAUUCUAGAGAAUGGGGCGGACUCUACUACCUUGGAGCACCAACUCAGUCAAACAUUGCAGAGGGCAAUCUACCACAUUCUAUUAAGCUUCAUUCAUCCACGAAAGAGAUAACUUGGCAUUACCAUCACAUACUUAGACAUUUAUCAUUUAGGGUUAUUUUAUGUUUCAAUAUACAUAUCAAAAUUUUUGGAGUUAGGUUGCCAGUAGGAAAGAGACCUUUGGGCUGUAAAUUUUAGUUAUGUAUUGAGCAGAUGGAUCUAUAGAGAUAUAAAAGGUUAACUUGGUUGUGAAGGGCUACACUCAAACCUAUAGGGUUGAUUACCUAAAGAUUUUUUCUCUGAUUAUGAAGAUCAAUUUGCCUAAAUAUUAUUGUCACUAGUGUCUAAUUAUGGCUGGAAACUGUAUCAAUUUGAUGUUAAAAAUAAAAAAAUUGCAUAGUGAACUUAAGGAAAAUCUUACAUGGAGGUCUUAGUGAGUUGUGAAAGUAAUUUGGCUGCUCAUAUUGUGUGCAAGUUACAUAAAGUUUGAUAUAGACUGAAACAAUCACCUCAGACAUGAUUUGAUAGAUUCACAAUUGUCAAACUGUGCAGAUCUAUCUUUAGGGUCUAUUUUUGUAAUAUUGUAGUCAUACCCUUAUGAGAUCUAGUUAGUUAUAACAGAUCCUCAUAAUGGGCCCUCGACCUUGAACUAAUAGGGUCCACUUGUAACCCUUAGAUAAUAUGGGUUUGAAUGAUGAAUGAAAAUAGACUCCUAUUUUUGAACUACAAAUCUUGGAGUAGCGACUUUGGUGACCUAGAGGAAAAUAUCCACACCCUCUGGGCCUUGAUUAAUGGGCUAAGGAAAUUAGGAUGAAAGGGGAACAAGAGGAGAAUUUACUCGGAGCUAGUAGCACGUGAAGCUCAAGAUGAAGGAGACCAGAUAGUCAACUACAUCAGGUGUCAAUGUGUCAUCCACCUUAGUUGCACACUCAUCAAUUAUAGAGAGGAAGAGAUCAGUCCAAAUUCUUCUAAAUAUUCCAGAAAAACUGAAGUACGAUGGUAGGAAUCUUAUUCAAUGGAGGCAAUAUGUAGAGUUAAUCCUCUUGGGAAGAAGAUUAAGCAAUCUUCCGAUAGAGGUUCCUGAUCUUUCAAAUUUCAAAUACAAUGUGUGGAGAGCAGAUGAUGCUAUCAUCCUUACAUGGCUCCUAGGCACAAUGACGGGAGGCAUGUAUGAGACCUUAUUUUUUAAGACUACCAAAGAAUUAUGGGACUUAGUCUGCAAGAGUUGUUCCAAGUGAAAUAACGAUAGGAGUAUUUAUAGCCUUGUAAUAAGGCUAAAAAUCUCACUCAAGGUGAGAGAUCUAUACUUGAAUAUGCUUGUCUAUCACAAGCCAUAUGGAGGGAAGCCGAUCAUUAUCGACUAGCACAGAACCCUGAAUCUCAGGAGUGGGCAUAUACCUUGAAGGAUCAGUUAGACAAAUUUCUCAUGGGGCUAAACAUAGAAUAUGAGUCAUUGAGAAGUCAAAUUCUCAAUAGAGAGGUCCCAAAUUUAAAAGAAGCAAUCCAAAUUGUGGUUGACGAGGGAACUCAUCUGAAAUUCGUACCUAGAGUUGCUAAGGAGGAUAUGGGGACAAUGCUUUCAACAAAGUCAAAAGACAUCAUCGACAAGAAUAGAGUAGAAAACUAGGCAGCAGCAGCAGCAACAAGUGAAUCAUUUGGAAAAGUUUUAUAAAGGAGAGACAAGGAACAAGCUAUGGUACUUAUUGGAAGAAGACGAAUCACGCAGAAGAAAAUUGUUGGAAGCUGCAUGGAAAACCUCAAAGACAAGGACAUGUGUAUGUUAUGGGAACAAGGAGUAGAAAAAUCAGCGAUUGAGUCUAUUAUGGUAGUCUAGAACACAACAAUUGCCAAAAAUGAUAGAGAUGAAUUCAGUCUCUUAAAAGAGGAGAUUGAGAAGCUGAAAGCUCUCUUUGGCUCCAUUUUUGUAGCACGAUUAGGUGAAUAUCAAGCAUUUCUAGGUAUACAUCCCUCUCCUUUAAGUGUUAACUAGAUAUUAGACACUAGUGCUAUAGAUCAUAUGACCCCAAAUAGGUCAAAAUUCAUUACAUAUUUUACUUGUGGUGAAAAGAAAAAGGCUUUUACUGCAGGUGGUUAGAUCCUUCUAGUGGUUGGUAUGGGAAGCCUAAUCUUAAGGCACACCUUAUUUCCCCUCAAAAGUUGGUUAAAGGCGCCAAUUGUCAAAUAACACUUGACCAUGGUGGUUGUUUUAUUUAUGAUAAGGGAUCAAACUAUAGGAUUAGGUCUAUUAACGAGGGGUGUGACCUACGUUAUUUUGAAGAAAAUGCUAUCUCAAUGCUUAUGACUGACUGCUCGGUAUCAAGGGAAGGAGAUGACUCCUGAAGACUAGACCAAAUGAAGUUGCUUCACUAUUGGUUGGGACAUCCUUCUUUUGAACUUUUGAGAACAAUGCUUCCUUCCCAUGUUAAACACUAUGAUGUGACUAAACUCAUAUGUGAUACAUGUUAGUGGGCCAAGCACAAGCGAACCAACUUUGGAGGGGUGAGUGGAUAAGCAAAUCUACCUUCUAUCGUAUUCACAAUGAUGUUAGGGUCCCGUGUCAAAUGGCUGCUAUGUCCAGAGCAUGGUGGUUUGUGGUAUUGAUAGAUGACUACACAAGACUCUUAUCUUCUUAGACAUAAAUCUCAAAUAUAGGAGUAAUUCAAGCAUUUUGCUCCAUGAUACAAAAUCAAUUUUGAACUUUCAUCAAACGAUUCCAAUCUGAUAAUGCAAAAGGUUAUUUUAAUGAGACUUAGACCACCUAUUUCAUACAACAUGGGAUUGUCUAUGAGUCAUCAUAUAUCAAUACUCCACAAUAGAAUAGAGUGGCUGAGAGGAGGAUUAGGCACCUAGUGGAGACCACAAGAGUGUUAUUGUUCCAUCAUCAAGUUCCCAAGUAUCUUUGGGGAGAAGCCCUAUUGAAGGCAGUCCAUUUGAUCAAUAGGCUGCCUUCUAAGACAUUGGGAUAUCAUGGCCCACUUGAUCUAAUGUCUCAACAAUAUCCUCAUAUUACGCUGAAGAUAAGUCUAAGAUUGAAAAUAUUUGGAUGCACAACUUAUGUUCAUGCUACCAUCUAGGAGGUAAACUCAAUCUAAGGGUGAUUAAAUGUGCUCUGUAGGCUACUCUACGACCCAAAAAAAAUAUAAAUGCUACCACUCAGGCCUGAAGAAGUUCUGUCUCUGUUGAUGUUACAUUUAAUGAACAUGAAAGCUACUUAUCAUCCACAAGAGAGGUGCAAAUAGAAGUCAAGGGAUCAUCUAGUCAGUACAAUUUUGUAAUCUAGACUGAGCCACCAUCAAUGAUGAAUUCAUCUCCACCUAAAGAUCUCUGAGUGUCCAUGGGCAAGAUGUGACCAUACUCGAAGACCAACCAUAAAUAAAGAGAACUUGCGUGUGUCUGAAGUCAAUUUUGAUAUGGGGAAUCAGCCAGAUUGUAGUGAAACUUCAGGAGGUGAUAAGGAGAAUAUUUCAAGCCCACAAGUAUUGAUUGAAGAAGAUCAGCUUGAUUUGCCCAUUGCCUUGGGGAAAGGUAUUAGAACCUACACAAAGAAAAUAUUAUAUCCUAUGCCUAAUUUUGUGGCAUAUGAAUGCCUUUCUCCUCAAUACAAGGUACAAGCUUAAUUUUCAUAAUUAUUCUUAGAACUGUGGAAGAAGCCCAUAGGAUAAAUUGAAAGGCCAUGGAUGCAGAAAUGGAAACAGUAGACAAAAAUAACACAUGAGAAAUAGUCUAACUUUCUCAAAACAAAAAAUCAGUUGGUUGUAAGUGGGUGUACAUUGUGAAGUAAGACUCAGAUGGAUCUUUGGAGAUAAGUAAAGCUUGAGUUGUUGCCAAAGAAUAUACUCAAUCCUAUAGAAAUGAUUAUUUGGAGGUUUUGCACAAGUUGUAAAAUUAAAUACAGUGAGUAUACUGAUUGUAUUAGCAGCUAAUCUUGGGUGGUAUCUAGAUCAAUAUGACAUGAAUAAUACUUUUCUUUAUGAAGAUCUGGACAAAGAGAUUUAAGAAGAAGGGUAUGUCGGCUGAGAAAAGUUUAAUGUGGACUGAAGUAGUCCUCUUGGGCCUAGUUCGAAAAAUUCUCUAAUGCUAUGAAGAGUAUGGGUUACAGACAAAGUAAUGAUGACCAUACUUUGUUUGUUAAACACUGCCAUUUAGGGGGAAUGACAAUCCUUUUAGUGUAUGUGGAAGACAUUAUUAUUUUAGGAAAUGACAAAACAGAAGCACAUACUUUGGGCCAACACCUUUCAAACCUAUUUGAAAUCAAGUCUCAUUGGGACGGUUGUGAUACUUCUUGGGCAUAGAAAUUGCCUAUUUAGAGUAGGGAAUUUUCAUUUCCCAACAAAAAUAUACCCUAGAUUUCCAAGAGACAUGGAAGAUAAUGUGUAAACUGUCUGGCACACCUAAAGAUCCAAACUUGAAAUUGGGGUUCUGCGAGGAGGAUAGUUUAGUCGAGAAAGAGCAAUAUCAAAGAUUAGUUAGCAAACUAAUCUACAUGAAUCAUUUGAGGCCAGAUAUUACAUUUGUGGUGACGAUCCUUAGUCAAUUUAUGCAUGAUCCUCGGGAACCUCAUCUUCAAGUUGCAUACAGAGUAUUGGCCUGUUUAAAAGGUACAAUUGGUCAAGGAUUAUUAUUCAAAAGAAAUGGUAGAACCUCAAUGAAAAUCUACAUGGAUGUAGAUUAUGCAUGCUCAGUGGUUGAUCAGAGGUCAACCUUAGGAUAUUGCUCUUUUAUUGGGGGAAAUCUAAAGACCUAGAGAAGCAAGAAGCAAAAUGUAGUUGCACGAUCUAAUGAAGAGGUGAGUUUAGAUCAAAGGCAUAGGAAAUUUGUGAGGCAUUAUGGAUUAAAAGUAUUUUGGACAAUCUUAAAAUCCAACACUAUGGAUCAAUUAUGUUAAAUGUAACAAGUCAACAAUUGACAUUACUCAUAAUCUUGUGCAAAAUGAUCGAACAAAGCACAUUAAUGUGGAUGGACACUUCAUCAAAGAGAAAAUUGAGCAAGGGAUUAUUCAAAUUGCAUAUAUUCAAUCUUCAUUCCAAGUGACAGAUAUUUUUUUUUCUAAGAGCUUCUAGGCACUACAUUCCACAACUUAACUCGCAAAUUGGGCAUGGAAAACAUCUUUGCACCAACUUGAGGGGGAGUGUCAAACUGCAUAGAUCUAUCUUUAGACUCUAUUUUUGUAAUAUUCUAGUCAUACCUUCAUGAGAUCCAGUUAGUUAUAACAGAUCCUCAUAAUGGGCCCUCGACCUUGCACUAGUAGGGUCCAUUUGUAACCCAUAUAUAAUAUGGGUUUGAAUGAUGGACGAAAGUAGACUCUUAGUUUGAAUUGAAAAUUUCGGAGCGGUGGCUUUAGCAACCUAGGUUUGGAGUGAAGUACUCUGACAACAAUUGUAAAGAUUAUCAUGGGGUAUAGAUAGAAUCAAGGAGACUACACAGUUCAAUUAACACUCAUCCUUAGAGUGAGUCAAUGGACUCUCAUAAUUGGGAUUUUGAAAGAUGAUAUCUGAGUCAGUAUCUGGUGAAGGAGUUUGACGUUUAAGUAUCAGGGAGACUGUAAUAUUUUCUCAAGAUUGAGGUCACUCACUCAAGGCAAGGCAUUUUCAUCUCCCAGCUAGUGUAUUACAGAUCUACUUAUAGAGACAGGCAAGACUACAUGCAAACUAGCGAAUACUCUGAUAUAUCAGAGCCUCAAAGUUGGAAAGGCAGAGAAAGAUGUUGUUGUAGAUAGGGGGAUGUAUUUUAUGCAAGGUCAGUGGUUGAUAGUAGAUCAACCUUUGAAUCUUGCAUUUUUCUUGGCAACAAUCUAGUAAUGUAGAGAAGCAACAAACAAACUAUGUUAGCAUUGUCAAAUGCAGUCUGAAUUCUAAGCAAUGGCCUCAUGAUCUAUGUGAGGCUGUCUAGUCUGAAGAAAUUCGAGAGGUGACUACUGCAGGAUGGUCAAAGGCUAUGGAGAAAUAGACAUGCUCUAAAAAGGUCUAGAAAGAGGAUAAGCUGAUGAAAUAAUGUGUGGCUAAUGAAUCCACAAAGGGAAUUCGAAAGAAAAAGGUUCACUAUAAUGAAGGCGUUUGUGGAUGAAACCUCAGUAGCAAGAGAUACAGUGGGUGAGGUAAUCAUAAUUCGUUAUAGAUUAAUUGAAAUCCACUGUCAGGUGUCACGGGAGACUAACUAAUAUCUGCCGCACAAGGCAUCUGGACUAAAGAAAUUUGAGAGACAGGAUGACAAGUUAAUCAGCAAUGAACACAUCCAAGAUAGAACCUAGAUUGAGGAUAAUAAUGAUGGUGUGGAUCCAAUAAAUCCUCAAAGUGAAUACAAGUACAAAAGAAAAGGACACCAUAAUGUGAGCAGUUUUUGAUGAAACGUCAGUAAAAAGAAAAAUAAUUUGGCAGUGUGAUUUUGGAUGGAUAAGCAGUAUUUUUAACAUAGCGUCUGGGACAGACUUUAGUUUAAGACCAACUAGAAAAUAUCUGCAACAUGUUAACUAGUUCUGAAAUGUACAGCUCCUUUAAGGUUAUUUUUAAUCGUUAUAAAUUCCCUAGAAUGCUGCUAUUUAUGCUUCUUCAUUCAAUUUUAUGAAUUUGUUGAAUAUUAUAGACCCAUCCAGGUCAUGGCCGAUAGAGCCCAUACCCUGUCGACCUAUAAUGUUCAGCAGAAUUAAUAUGCUUGAAGACUUUUAUCCUUUUGUAUCUUUCAAUACAUUUGGUGUUGUUGAUAUACAUAGCAUAAAAAUGUAUUUCAUGUGCAGUUUCGUCAUCUUGAGCUGAAGAAGGAGAGAGAAAUUCAAAGAAUUAAUCUUAUAAGGUUCUUAAAUGACGCUAUUUCAUCGCAGUUCAGGAAUCCCUCAGUAUGGAACUGA